UUUCAUCUUGGUAAACAAGCGACAACAGGCGGAACGUUUGCGAGGUGGAGCUUUCUGCCGGAAGACUAACACAGCUUCACCUUCACCGUCUAGGCGUCAUUUGGCUCCAUGUGAUCUAUGUUUUUCGAUCAGGGGAAUAUUUCUUAUCCAUAAAGGUGACUGUCCACAUAAAAUGGCUUCUUUGCGUGUAGCGAGGAGGAUGUUCUGUGCUGCGGCAGAAACGACAGCAGAUACAGUCAGAAACAGUCGCUGGGGAAAACUGAAAGACAGCAAAGCAGGUGUGUGGUGUCACAGCCUGCUCUCUGACUAUAAAGAGGCAUGUAGGGAGAUAUUUGUUGGUGCCCGGGAGCGUCCAGUGAAAGCAUCAGUAUACUUGACUCUGCUGAGCGGGGCUGGGGCCUGUUUCUACACAAAACCAGACCAGUCAUCCUUUGAGGCUGCCCUCCUGGAGCGCACCAACCAGCUGGGUUUGCUGUCAGCGUGGAUCCGCAGCGCGACCUCAGAUAGCCACAUGCAGAAACUAACGAAGCUUCAGAAUGAAGGCCGACUCCGCCACAUCAGCCUGGGUCUUCUCUCUCUGGUUUACUACACCAACUACCACCCUGACACCACACUGUACGAAGCCCGUUGCUCCAAUCUGUCAGUGCUCUGGAGGGAGCUCCCUCAGCGGGUACUAGAUGUGGGAUUUGCCGGGCGCUGGUGGAUCCUGAACUCAAAGAUGCAGGAUUAUGACGUGAAUGAGGAAGAGUUCAAGCAUCUGCCACCUCACAUGAGAGCAACAUCACCACCCAGUGUUCAGGAGGUGGAAAGGAAUGAGAGGCUGCACAAAGAGUCCUGGUUAGCACUGACAGUGAAAGAGGAGGAGAGAGAAACAGUGGGGAGGGAGGAGGGCCUGGCCAAACCCCUGAGGGAGGAACGGACUCAGGCUUGAGUGCUGUGUGGAGCAGACAAAUCACACUGCAGGAUACAUGACUGUAUCAGUGUACUUAUUCAUGUGUCAUGCAGUACUGGAUCCCACAAACCAACUGAAUUCACAUUUUCAUCUAUGAACUUGUUCAGACUGCUUAUUGCCAUCACAGAGCACCAAGAAAAAAAAGAGACAAAGAAAGUAUUGCAUUUAUAUCACUUAUAAUAAAUCUCUGUCACUUACAGUA